AUGGCAAUCUCACCCACGUCAACCACAGCGCCGCGACAGCACUCCCGCCGCCGCCCACUGUCGGCCAGGAAGCUGGAUGUCCUGUAUCUGGGCUUCUUCCUCGUGCAUGUGCCCAUCAUGUUCUUGGUCGACCUAUGCUCGAUCCUCCCGUCGAUCCUCGUCUCGCCGCUCUCACACUCGCUGCGAACAUACCAGCUCCAGCGCUUUCAGGACAAAUUCUUCAUCAGCCCGCCAGCGUGGUUCAUGGCCUACAUGUGGAUCGAAGCUACGUAUCAUGUGCCGAUUAGCUUAUGGAUGGUUUGGGGGAUUUUCAAGGAUCAUCCGCUCGUCCCGCUUCAUCUCCUGAUCUUCGCCCUCGAGGUCGCCGUCACAACGCUAACGUGCGUCGUGGAUAUUUCCGACUGGGAAGGUUACACCUCUGCGCAGAAAUCAGACCUGUAUGGGCUCUACGUCCCGUACUUGGUUCUAGCGUGUUUGAUGGGCGUCGACGCGUUUGUCAGAGUGAAAAGGCAGAUUCUGCACAGCGCCGGUCCGGAGAAAGGGAAGACGGCGUAA